CAUAAAAAUGGCCAAUCCUCAACAAGAUAAAAAAGCACCCAUCAACUUAAUUUCCGAAUGCUUUGUAAAACCAAAAUAUGAACCCACAAAACAGCCUUACCACUUAGGACCGAUUGAUUUACUUUUCUUAACUAUUGAUCCCAUACAAAAAGGUCUUCUUUUUACACUAAAUAAUUCCCCAAGUUUUUCAUCCUGUGAAUCCCAAAAUAUUGAAAAUGUUCGUACCAAAAUUGUGUGUAAUUUGCUAGAGAAGCUCAAAUGUUCGCUUUCUAUCGCCCUCGUACACUUUUACCCGUUAGCGGGUCGUUACACUAUACAAAAGUACCCCGAUGAUAACGCUUGUUCGAUAUAUGUUGAUUGUAACAAAGGCCCUGGCGCGAGGUUCAUCUAUGCUACCGCCCUCGGCCUAGCCGUUUCGGAUGUUCAAUCCCCCGUUGAUGUUUCCAUCGUUCAUCCUUUCUUUGAUCUUGGUGAAAAAUACGUAAACUACGAUUGUCAUACUAAGGCUUUGCUAUCGAUCCAGGUAACGGAACUUUUAGAUGGGGUGUUUAUUGGGUUUAGUAUGAGUCAUAGUGUUGUCGAUGGUACCUCUUUUGUUCAUUUUAUGAACGUGUUGUCUGAAAUAUUUAGAUCAUUAGAUAAUCAUAAUAGUGAGGAUGAUGUCACAAAUAUUUCUAGUAGUGUACCAAUUUUUAAUUAUAGGCCUUGGGAUGUUCCGGUCCUUAAAUUACCUUUUAUUGAUGUAGAGGAGUUUAUCUAUCGUGGGUAUGAUCCAGGCCCGUUAAGAGAGAGAAUCUUUCACUUUUCACCGAGUUCGAUGGCUAAGCUCAAGGCCGAGGCUAACCAAGAAUGUGAUACCAAUAAUGUUAUAUCGUCUUUUCAAGCCUUAACCGCGCUUGUGUGGAGGUCCAUCACCCGGAUCCAAAACUUACCUCAAGAUCAACAAACCACUUGCUUUUUAGCUAUGGGGGCCCGAAGCCGGCUUAACCCGCCCAUAUCAGAUGACUACUUUGGGAAUUUUAUUAGUAGGGCCCAAUGGGCUUGCAAGGUGGAGGAGUUAUUGGGUAAUAGUUUGGGCUGGGUAGCAAUGAAUUUGAAUAAAAUCAUUAAGGCUAAUGAUGGGAAAGAAAUACUUGAUUACUACAAAAUGCUUGUUAAUCCACCAAUUGUGGUUCCAAGAGGAAUCGAACCUGAUGUUCAUGGUAUGAAUAGCGUGAUUAUGGGUGGAUCUGCAAGGUUUGAUAUAUAUGGGCCUGAAUUCGGGUUGGGUCGGGCUUUGGCUGCUCGAAUGGGCUAUGGGAACGAGGAUGGGAAGAUCACUGCAAAUCCUGGAUGUGAAGGUGGUGGAAGUGUUGAUUUGGAGAUUUGCCUUGGGCCUCAUAUUAUGGCUGCUCUUGAAGAUAAUCAAGAGUUUAUGAGUUUUGUAUCUUGAGUUGAUUACCACUCUUUAAUGGCUCAUUUGAUAAGCGAUUAUCAAUCAUGGCAAUGGUAAAUUGGUAA